AUGGUCCAGGCCCAAGGCAUUAUUACUCCCUCUCGUGGGGAGGCGCCUCAGAUUCAGGCCUACGACGAGGUCAUGGACGCGUUCUUGCCUCCUUUCCUUGACGCGUGCGAUAAACUGGGAGACCACACGCACCAAUUGGGCGAGCUACUCGAGAAGGCUUUUUACAGCACAGCGCUCGCGAACGGUAUCCGCGACAACGGCAGUGACUUCGCCAACCACCAGAACAUGAUCUACGAGGCACUCCAAGCUCUCGGCUGGUUGUGCGUUGAUCGCACACCGAAGCCGUUUGUUGAUUCGUUUGUCGAAGGCCUGGACUUCUGGGGCAACAAGAUCCGCGUGAGCUUCAAAGCUUCCAACCCCGACCAUGUUACCUUCGUGGUCACCUUGGAGUGCUUGCUAACAGAACUUUCGGAGUACAUCAAAAUCUACCGCCUCACCGGAGUCACGUGGAACCCCAAGGGCGGCGACGUCGCCAGCUACACGCCUGCCGCUGCUGCUUCUGCGGCGUCCCCCGCCAAGGCUGCGGCGCCUGCUGGCGGCAUGGGCAGCGUCUUCGCGGGCAUCAAGUCCAUCGACCAGAGCGGUGGCAAGACGGCCGGACUCAAGAAGGUCACCAAGGACAUGCAGACCUGGCGCAAGGACUACAAGCCCGAGGGCGACGUCCCCACGCCGGCCGCCCCCGCUGCCAUCAAGAAGCCCGCCGCGCCCGUCAAGGUCACCAAGCCUGCUGUGUGUGAAGAGCGCAACGGCAACUGGCAGAUCGAGUACCAGACCGGCCCCGAGCCGCUGACCGUGAGCGGCAUCAACAUGAAGCAGCAGGUGUACAUCUUCGGCUGCGAGGGCGCCACGAUCCUGCUGGAGGGCAAGGCCAAGAAUAUCGUGUUCGACUCGUGCAACAAGACCAAGCUCAUCUUCGACAACGCCGUGUCCAGCAUCGAGAUCGUCAACUGCAAGGGCGUGCAGGUGCAGUGCAAGGGCGUGGUGCCGUCCGUGGCCAUCAAGACGGACGGCUGCCUCAUGUACAUCUCGUGGGAGGGCCGCGAGGUGCAGUUCGUCACGUCCAAGAGCUCGGAGAUGAACGUGGCGUUCCCUGCGGGCGCAAGCAGAGACGACUACGUGGAGAAGCCGAUCCCGGAGCAGUUCGUGCACAAGAUCAUGGACGACCUGACCAUCUCGUCCGACGUCUCGGACCUGUCCUCGCACUAAAAAUGCUCGUUCUGAAGUGGAUGUUGAUCCAGCAGGUACUUCUUCAUCCGCGCAGUGAGCGGCAAGUUGCACAGCAAGACAAACGGUUGAUUACGUUUAACGGAUCCCAAGCAUUGUAUGGCCAACAUCGCUGCGGUACAAAUGU